UUUAAAAUGUAUCUAAAAUGUUCUCUCUCAAUUUUUUUCCGAGAAAUCUAGAGGGCACCGGAGGCUGUGAUUGGCCAAAAGGGCUGGUGGCAAAUGGGGGGGUUUCUUGGAAUUUGAAAUCGGAGGGAUGUCUCGAAAUCGCGCUCAUUCCCACUUCAGUCGAAGCUCGCGAUUAUGGAGAAUCAGAUCGAAGUUGACUGUUUCGAGCAUAUUUUUAUCAUUCGAUUCUUUCCAUUUUUUUAACCACAACAUUUUUUAAACGGUCUCCAGCACUAAAAAUAUAUUUUUUUUAUCUCCUCGAGAAAUUGCAACUGCAUUAAAAUCGGUGGAAGUAAUCUCUUCGUAAUCAGUGAAGAUUCAUAUUGCUCGAGAAGAUAUAUCGAAAGCUGUGGAUAUUGAGUCGAGAUUUUAAUUUUAAAAACUUGAGUGUACGAAGGUUUGAGAUUGAAUAGAGGAUGAGUGAGGAAGUGAAGUUAGAUCUAGACGACGAGUGUCGGGUGACAGCUCGUUUGUUGAACCUGAUGAAGGAAACACAUUACGAGCUCAUUCAGGAAAAUGGACAGCGUCGUUUGACAGCUCCAGAACUCACCCCAGAAAUCAGAAGUUCAAUCAAGGGGGCAGAAGUUUUUGUUGGCCGUCUGCCAAGGGAUUGCUACGAGGACGAAAUAAUGCCGAUGCUAAGCCGAGCUGGGAGACUCCUGGAGCUUCGUCUGAUGCUGGAUUUUUCGGGGACGACCAGAGGCUACGCAUUUGCUCUUUUUGAAAAUUCUAGGGUUGCACGAAAAGCUUGCGAGAUGCUCGAUGGCCAGAUGAUUCGUCCUGGACACAAAAUCGGUGUCGUCAAGUCCAUCGACAAUUGUCGACUCUUUUUCGGUGGUGUCCCCAAGGAUAAAACCAAGGCCGAGUUUUCGGAGGAGUUGGGCAAGUUCCUGGAGGGGAUUUCUGAUAUUUAUUUAUACCCGAGUGCUCAGGAUCGCUCGCAGAACAGGGGGUUCAUCUUUGUGGAAUUCAAAGAUCAUCGUUCGGCUGCUAUGGCCAGACGUCAGUUGAUUCCUGGACGCGUUACUCUGUGGGAUCAUGAGGUUGCUGUCGACUGGGCUGAUCCUGAACCUGGAGAUCCCGUCGAUGAUGAUGUUAUGGAGACGGUUACUGCGCUCUUCGUUCGCAAUCUGCCGAUCGAGAUUGCCCAUCAUAAGAUUAGAGACGUUAUCCAGAAAACCACGGGAAUUCCAAUUCUUAAAUUCAAGAAGAUCAAUCACUUUGCUUUCAUCCACUACGAGACGCGUGAGUUGGCUCAGAAAGUUCUUGACAUUAUGUCUCAACCUGGAGGAAUAGCUGCACAGAACGAAUGGGAAAUUCGCUGGGCAAAGCCCAUCAGUUCAUCAAAGAGCCUUGAAAGACAGAGAUCGAUUCAUGAGGCAGUGCAAGCCUCCCUAAACCAGAAUCAGAACGUUAAGCUUCCAGCUUACGUCCCACCAAAGAGCAGCAACAAACGUAAUCGACGAAAAGCCAACAAGCAACAGGUGGAGGCUCUCCCUUACGAGAUCGGACACAUACCUCAGGAAGACCAAAACAGUCUUCCCGUUAUGAAGUUACCAGAGACAUUUCUUGGAGUACCUCCACCAGGAUUCGCAAUGCCAAACCAUAAUUUUAUGGAUUUCAAAAAACUCUUGGAGGAUUUCGUCAGCAAGAAUUUCAGAGCUCACUGCCAGUUUAGCUGCAUGCAAGUGUAUGCUCCCCCUGGAUAUGUCUGCACGAUUUCAAUUGUGCAUGAAGAGCACACACUCUGUGAGUUUCAAGGUAAUGUAAUGAUCACUGAGGCCUUGGCAAUGAAUAUAGCAGCUCGAAAAGCCUAUUAUCGACUCACUAAUGACUUUGGAGAGUCACAGGUCUAUCCAGUUCCGGUCAAUCCACCGACAGCUUUUAUAGCGGGUAGAGUUCAGUCUUGCCACUAGACAAUGAUUGUCUCCCGGCAAUUUCUUCAUUUUUACUGUUUAACUCUCUUUUCACUUUUACCCUAUCUGGUAAAGUCUUUUUUUAUUUUUUGAAACAUUUUUUACGUAGGGGAUGAAUUGUAUUCAUUUUUAAGAUUUUUAGGGAUUUAAUAUGAUCACUCUGUAGAUGUAGAUGAUUAGUUUUAGUGAAUGCUGGGAGGGUGUUGGAGGGAUUAAAAUGUAGUUUAUAGCAUUGUUGUGAGAAAAACAUCUGCAGAGGUGUGGCAAAUAGUAAAUGCUGCGUUUUGAACGAGCUUACCGAGUAUUUUGGAAAUAUCUCCUUUGAAACUGAGAGCGUUUCGUUAAAGCUUUUAUGAAAAAGAAGAAAAUCUUUUGCAAUUUUUAUUUCUGAAUGAAAUUAUUUCAGAAAAAUUUGUCAAAUUCUCAAGCUACAAUUUGUCACUCCAUUUAUGAUAAUUACAGACUGAUUUCAUAUUAAUCAUAGUUAUUAAAGAAGGAGUCUUGGAGGAUUCCAAAAACGCCUGACAGCGUUUUAUUUGAAGUCGAUUCUAUGCAUAUUUUUAUUUAAAAAGCACAAAAUGGAUGACAAAAAUAUUAGUUAAAAUUCAUAUUUUGUAUUGCUACAACUAAAUUAAGACGAUUCAAUCAUUGUUAGUUUUUAUAUCGUCAUAAUAUUCAUUAGCUACUGAGAUCACAAGAGUCUCAUCCACAUAAAUAUUUGACCAGUUCCUAAAAUACUCAGACUCACUAAUCAUUGUUUAUCAAAAAAGGAAUCUGCGUAUAUAAAAAAAAAAGAGUAAAUGGAAUAAGUGAUGGUUCAAUGAAUUCUCAACACAUAAAGACAAUGUGAUGCUACUAUAAGGAUGUACUAAUAAUAAUAAUACACAAAAAAAGAUUAAAAAUAUUUCCAACAAGCCUUGGAAACUAAGAAAAAAUG